ACCGUGCAUUAAAUUACACUCUCUUAUCACAUCCAUUAAUUAAUGUGAAACGUGAUGUUGUUUAUACUUCAUUCAUUUCCUUUAGUAAUUAGUUGAUACAAUUGUUUUUUAAAUUAUCAAUAUAAUAAUCCCAUAAUUUUCUACAUUUUUUUAGAGAGAGAAAGAGAGAGGGGGGAUAGGGGUGUUAUGUGGUCCUUUAAUGAUAAAAGAAAGACCCUCCAUUCAAUUCAUACACAACCUCUUCAUAGUCCCAUACCCACCCCAAAUUAUUCCCAUAUACUCUAAACCCACAUAACUCAAAAUUCCUUCUUUCCAACAUUUCCACCUCCUAAAACAUCUCCCCUUUCUCCAUGCAUGUAACAUUGAUUCCCUAAUAUAAUUAUGAAGGGACUAAACAUAAACAUAUCAUCUUGUACUUCACAAGAAUCAACAUCUAUAAUCUCUUCCCCCAACAUGGAAGUACUACUACCAUCUUCGUCGUCCUCCUCCACCUUCUCGACUUUCAACCCCGGAAGCCGAGCCAUCGACCGACACAACCCGAUCAUAAUGGACGAAAGAAGAAGUGGCAUUAGCACCAAUAACGGCUCAUGUGCAAGUACACCCAUUAGAACCCCUUGCACACAUCAUGUCCUACAGAAAAAACCACCUACACCAAAUAAUAGUCCAAAACCUCUUACCCCAAAAAAGGGUAACAAACUUCCUACAUUAACCAAAAAAAAGACUAGUAAAACUAGAAAUAACGUUACUAAUAAUACAACUACUACCACUACCACCACCACCGCAAAAUCACCGGUUUAUAGUAAAAGUGAUAUUGUUGUGGACGGUGAUGAUGAUAAUGAUGGUGGUGGUGGUGGUUAUAAGGGUGGUGGUAGAAGGAGUUUCUCUAAGCCGUCUGAGCUGAUCAUGAAGGCCGCGGCGGCGUGCGCUAACACUAGGGCUGGUGUUGAUUAUGUUAGCCCGCCUGAAUCAUCUAGGUAUCUUUUGGAUGACACUUCUUUUCUAGAAGUGUUGUCUGAUUUUGACCCUGUUUUGGAGCUUAAGCCGCCUUUUGAUGAUUUUAACGACAUUAACGACGAUGUUGAGGUUGUUACACCCGAGUGUGUUAGACCUCCCAAACCGCCUUCCUCAACCGGAUCCUCAAUUGGGUCCCCUGAUCAGGUGGUGGUUCUGAGAGUGUCACUGCAUUGCAGAGGUUGUGAGAGAAAAAUGAAAAAGCAUCUCUCUAGAAUGCCAGGUGUGACAUCUUUCAACAUAGAUUUCGCAGCAAAGCAGGUAACGGUGGUAGGAGAUGUGACACCAUUAGGAGUCCUAACAAGCAUUUCCAAAGUCAAGAAUGCCAAAUUGUGGACACCCGCAACUACAAUCUCAUCAUCAUCAUCUACAAGAAACAUGCAACUUAAUCAUAAAAUUAAUAAUAAUCAAUUGUAAAAAUGUUUGUUGUUUGUAGUAUUAAUUUCAUAGCACCAUGUUAAUUAAUUAGAAGCUAAGUGUGCUUUUAUUUAAAUAAUUGUAAGUUUUAGCAGAUUUUUUUAAAAAGGUUUAUGGCAUUGUCAUGUCAUGACUAUCGAGAUCAAUUACAUCCAUUGGGCUAAGGCAAUGGACAAUUUGCGCUAAGUUCAUCGGGUUUAUAAUAUCUUCA